AUGUACAUCGUCCCAGCUACAGUACAUCGUCCCAGCUACAGUACAUCCCAGCUACAGUACAAUCGUCCCAGCUACAGUACAUCAUCCCAGCUACAGUACAUCGUAGAGCUACUGUACAUCGUCCCAGCUACUGUACAUCAUCCCAGCUACAGUACAUCGUCCCAGCUACAGUACAUCGUAGAGCUACAGUACAUCGUCCCAGCUACUCUACAGUACAUCGUAGAACUACAGUACAUCGUAGCGCUACAGUACAUCGUAGAACUACAGUUCAUCGUAGCGCUACAGUACAUCUUCCCAGCUACAGUACAUCGUAGAGCUACAGUACAUCAUCCCAGCUACAGUACAUCGUCCCAGCUACAGUACAUUGUCCCAGCUAUAGUACAUCAUCCAGCUACAGUACAUCGUCCCAUCUACAGUACAUCGUCCCAGCUACAGUACAUUGUAGAGCUACAGUACAUUGCGUCCCAGCUACAGUACAUCGUCCCAUCUACAGUACAUCGUCCCAGCUACAGUACAUCGUCCCAUCUACAGUACAUCGUCCCAGCUACAGUACAUCGUAGAGCUACAGUACAUCGUAGAGCUACAGUACAUCGUCCCAUCUACAGUACAUCGUCCCAGCUACAGUACAUUGUAGAACUACAGUACAUUGUAGAGCUACAGUACAUCGUCCCAGCUACAGUACAUCGUCCCAGCUACAGUACAUCGUCCCAUCUACAGUACAUCGUCCCGGCUACAGUACAUCGUAGAGCUACAGUACAUCGUAGAGCUACAGUACAUAUCCUAGUACAGUACAUCGUCCCAUCUACAGUACAUCGUCCCAGCUACAGUACAUCGUCCCAGCUACAGUACAUCGUCCAGCUACAGUACAUCGUCCCAGCUACAGUACAUCGUCCCAUCUACAACAUCGUCCCAGCUACAGUACAUCAUCCCAGCUACAGUACAUCGUCCCAUCUACAGUACAUCGUCCCAUCUACAGUACAUCGUCCCAUCUACAGUACAUCGUCCCAGCUACAGUACAUCGUCCCAUCUACAGUACAUCGUCCAGCUACAGUACAUCGUCCAGCUACAGUACAUCGUAGAACUACAGUACAUCCCACUGUGCAAUGGAUAAGGACAUAUGGACAUUUUUUAAUAACACAGUCAGAAAACAAAUGUAUAAGUAAAUGUCAAUAUUUUUAUAGACUAUGAAUUUUACACUGGAGUGACAAGAAUAACAGAACAACUUAGUAACUCUCUGGGUACCUGCUGUGAAAUGUUUUGUUGGGUAGAGAAACAUUUCAGUCCUGUAAACAGAGAAACUCUGUCUGUGUCUCGAAAUUGCACUCUAUUCCCUAUAUGGUGCAUCUCUGGUUAAAAGUAGUGCACUAUAUAGGGAAUAGGGUGCCAGCC